UUGUGAUUUAAUUCAUGGGGAUUUGUUUAGCGCAACAUGUCCCUGACAGCUGACGGAGUGUUCACCAUGGGAUCAGGGCUGGGCAACAUAGAUGAUCUGGGACUGAUGACUGCCUGGAACUACCGGAACCGAUCUGUGUACCCUGGAGAGUGUGGCAGGAUACAUGGAACCUACGGGGAAGAGUUCCCACCCAACAGUGUGUACCAGUCAGACAUCACCCUGUAUGCCAACGACUUGUGCAGUGUGCUGAACUUGAAGCGGCAGAAGGCAUCGUCAGUCAGGGGUAUCCCGUCGGUAUUGUUCGCCGGGGGUCCAGAUGUGUUCAGCAACGAGACAACUUGUUACUGCCGCAACAGCUCUAACUGUCCUGCCAGCGGUGUGCGGGAUCUGAGUCUGUGUAAUGGUUCCCCCGCCAUGGUGUCCUGGCCUCACUUCUAUCUCGCAGAUCCCAGCUAUCGCAAGGCUGUAGUCGGCAUGAACCCUGAUGCUGAACACCACCAAUUUUACAUGGACAUGGCUGAGGUGACAUCUGUACCAUUAGCGGUGAGAGGGAGGAUGCAGCUCAAUAUACUGAUGCAGACUGUCCCAGAUAUAGACAUGUUCAAGAACAUCAGUUGGACAGUGAUGCCGAUGAUGUGGUUCAGCCAGGAGGCAGACCUUACACCAGAGCUUGCUUCACAGAUGGGGGUGCUGGUGGGGUUGGUCAAUUGGGGCCGUUGGGUGUUGCUGGGCGGAGGAGUGGUUGGGGUCCUCCUGGUGCUGUUAGGACUCGUGCUGCACUUCAGGGGUACUUUGAGAACAAACGAUGAUGAUAGGUUGCUGCACUAGGCCUUCCUCUCCAAUAACGAAUACUAAAGAAAUGCCUUUUUUAUAAUUACAUGUACAAUGUGUAGAAUACUCUUAAUAGGGUAUAUGAACCAGAAAAACAUGGAAACCUAGAUUUAUUUGGCAUAAAAAUUCUAAAAUGUAUGACACAAAAAUUAAAAUAUUAAAUCGUAUUUAAUGUCAAACAUCUUUGGAAAGAAUUCUAAAUAAACUAACAAGGGAUAUUUUACAAGGCUGUUUUUAUCUUAUGGUACUAGAUAAAAAUUAUUUUAAGGCUGAUGUUCAUAUAGAUUCUAGGCUAAAUGUAAACAUUAACUUUAUAACAAGGCUUUAACCAUUUUAAAAGUUUUGCUUAGUAUUUCAAAUAAAUAAUAUAAAAAUAGAGAAAAAAACCGUUGCUAAAAAUUUAUAUUUUAAAAUUUAAUUUAGUGAUAUCGACAUUCAAAACUAACAUAAUUAUUUAGCUAGAUUUAAUUAUUUAUCUAACAAUACGUAGGUAAUAUUAUUUUUAAACAUAUAUCAAAACUUGUGUCAAAUUUAAAUUGAAGAGCUUCAUGUUUAAUUAAUACAACAAAAUUUUCUGGCAAAAGUUCCUUGAACUCCCAUUGGGAAGUAUUAUACAACCCACAAGCUCUCUCUUGGCAACAUUUACGUGGAACUAGGUGUGAAGAAGUGAGGAAGUGAAGAAGAUAGAAUAUUAAAUGCUGUCCUCUGUAUGAGUUUUAAAUUAGAUCAGAUGUGAAAUCUUACUGGGAUAUGAAAAUACAGAAUGAUUUUAUAGCAAUCAAUUUCUGGUAAAGUUUUUAUCAUACUAAUGAUUUAUUUUUGUAAACUCUUGUAUCUUGUCUUGGAAAAUUUGAUUAAAAUUUAGUAUAAUAAUAUAAAACAUUGAAUUGUUCUUUUGAUUUUUAUGAACCCUUUCAUUAAAAUAAUGAUGGAUGCACUGCAUCUACAGCAAAUACAUUAAAUAACCUUUGGGCCUUUGUGUAAUUGUAGUGUUUUCCAGUGCGUUCAGAAAGAUAUCACUUCAAUAAUGGUUUGUUCUGUAAAACUAUCUUGUUUGUUGUAAUCCGCUUUCUUGUGGUUUAUAAUGUCUUGUUUUUCAGAAUGAUAAAUAUUAAGUUCCUGGGGUAAUAAUGAUGUCGCACUAGGAGGACCAUUAUAAUGUAGAAACAUGUUAUAUCUUUGUUCUGGUUAUAUGAGGAUUGAUGAGUUACGGAAAGUAGCUUUUAUGAUACUGAGCUUCAAUAAUAAGUAUUCCUUUGAUUUAUUAAAAGUGAGAACUUGAAAAAAGUGCUUAAAAACCAAUUAUUCAGUAUAAAUGACAUUUAUUUCAAUUUUUAUGGUAUGAAAUGUUUUUGACAGAGUUCCUUGAAACUAUUUUAACUCGCUUAUUGUGUAGCCCAAAAUUCAUCCUUUUAGCUAAAAAAAUAGAUAGUUAUUAUUUAUUUAUCAGUGUUACCUGUGAUACGUUUUCAUUCCAUUUGUAGUCAUAUUUGUAGUGCCAUAAAAAAGUUAACCAAGAAACAAUUCAUUUUAACUCUUCUGUAUUCAUUUAUUUAUAUUGCUAUUUAACAAUCAAUUCUUAUUAUUUUAGUUUGUAUAGUUAGUAGUUUUCAGUUAUAUCUAAACAUAAAUUGGUGUUUGUAAGCAUGUUCAUUUCUUUCACAUUCAUUUAGUCACUAUUAUUAUAUAUGCAUGAUGAUUUGUUAUAUAUGUAUCAUUUGAUGUAAUAGACAAAAUAUUGUUAUCACUUUUUUAUUUUUUGUUGUCCUACAUAAUUAGUGCUUGUAUAUUUUGUUAGAUUUUAUUGUAUAGUUUAGACACUUGCUCUACUAGCAUGUUGUGAUUUUCAUCACUUAAUAAUUUAUCAUAUAAUGUGUAUUGAGAGCAAAGUUAUGUUUUAUCGAUCUCUUCAGAAAGUCAUUCAGACAGUUUUAGGAAAAUACAGUAGAACCACAGUAAGUCAACGAUGCGGACUACAAAGUUGUCGUUUCGGGGUUACCAGCUUUUCCAGAACAAAAGAAACAGAAUUUUUUCAGACAUUUACCAUUUUUCAGUGAAAUAAAAAAUUUAGUAACAGUUUGUUCUAAGAUCUUGUACUUAAUUUUUAACGUUUUGAAAUCUAAAUCCCUUAUCCAGAACAUUAAGAUUGAAUGAGAGUAAACACUGUGUUUUAACACAGUAUUUGAUUUCAUAUCCCAUUUUAUUUACCUGUCCCUCAUUUUAAGUAUAACACAUGCAAUAUUAAAUAUAAACUAUUACUAAAACAGUAUUAAAAAUCUAACUUAAAC